CACACUAACAUCCAAACCAAAAUAAACGAAAUUGCGAAAAUGGACGAAAAUGUGAUUGCUGCUCCGCUAAGUCGAAUCCCGGGCACCAGUCAGUUGAAGGAACAGCACAGCAAGGACUUAAAGACCUUGUCUUAUGUCCAGCUGUUAGAGAUUAAGGACAGGCAGUCGCACUUUCUCUCCUUUAAAAAGAGACUCGUACAGUUGCCAGACAAGGGAAAGCGCCUCCAGGAGUCCUACGACAAACUGCUGGACGAGAUCAAACGUCGCGAUGAAGUGGAAGAAGCGACUCGAAUGCUGAGCGGUCUCAAUAUUGUGGCAAAGGGAAAGAUCGCUCUCAAUAAUCUGGAGUGGAAUGGUAGAACCACGGACGAAGGCGCCCAUGUGGACGACAUUCUGGACAGCGAUGAUGAGGUGGAGAUGGAUCCCUUAAGGAUUAUAGCCCAAGGAACGAUGCACGAGAAGAAGGUUAAGGUGAUUCCACCGACAGUGAGUCUCAUCACGGCCGAGGAUCUGGCGGAUAUCGAGGACUUUAAAAAGCCUGCUGACUCUCCAGAUUCCGCUUUGGCAGGACAGAGUGACACCAGUUCCUUGCCUGCCGAGAUUAUUGAGAUAGACGCCAGUCAAGUGGCCGCCAAGCUGACUAAGGAGCAACCGCCCGACCAGCAUUCCCUCUACCUCAUAGACAAGACGGAAACGAACGUGAAUGCCACUACCAGGGAAAAGUUUAUGCCAUUCCGCACCACAAGGUCAAAUGUCCACGAUCCCGACAAGGAGCGAGUGCGCAAAAAGGGCAAGCACUGGGAAAUAACAGCGGCCACCCCGCCCCUCAUUCAGCACAAGGAAGUGCAGCUGGUGCCGCUGGCGGAGUCAGCCACCCUGCAAAUGGAUUACAUGCAAAGAGUUAAGGAGAUGCGCAUUCAGCAGGCUGAGCAGCGGCUGGCCAGGCAUAAAGAGUCCAGGCUGGCAGCAGGAGUUAUCCUGCCCGAGGAAUCUGUCCUGAAAACCAAGGCAUCCUUCCGCAACUAUCGCGAUCCCCAAGCCAAUUUUCUCAUCGAAGGCAGGCAAAAAGCCAGCGAGGCGAAUGAAGUGCUCGACCCCUCAAUUCAAGACAGAGGGGUAGCCACCAGUGGCAUUCACUACACAGUUUUCGAGUAACCUGUGAGCAGAGCGUGUGAUAGAAUCCCAUUCCUGCUCGUCCUUUUACAACAAACUAACAUUGUGAACUAUUUAUUCGUGUAGGCAACAAUUACUAAAUAAGACUGCAUAUAUAACUCA